AUGAGCUUCCUGAAAAUCAUAGCUGGCUUCCGAAAUCUUUAUGAUUUGACGAUAUAUGUGCAAAGCAAGCUUACAGAACAUAACGCCGAUCUCGUCCUUGAAGACAUCGAUCAGCAAUCAUCACUCAAUAUCAUGACCAACCUCGUUUUAAUGAAACGAGGUCUUGCUUUCACUAGAUUACGCAUCAAAGUUGGGGGCUGGACCAAGUAUGGUCCGUCCCCACGCCGCGCUGGUUCUGACUGGCGUCGAAGAAGACGGCUCGGGCGCAAUCCCGAAAGAUUGUUUUAUUCGGAAUUCUAUGAAGACAAGGCAUUUCUUCGCGAGCACAAAUAUGGAUCCGGCUGUGGGUGGGUUGACGUCGACGAUCUACCUGAUUGGUAUUAUUAG